UCAAUUAGCGGUUACUAUGAGUGCUUUGUAUUUAAUCUGAGUUUUUGCUAUGUUUUAUCAUUGUUUUGCCCGGUAUAUUUCCAUUUGAAGAGGAAUUCCUCGGAGAAACCUCAACAAAAACUAUAUCGUCAGUUACCAAUGUAUUCUAGUAGUAGAAGAGUUCCGUUUCGAGAGUUUCAGUCGCUAAACAGGAAUGGCUCUGCACGGAACACAAUACGAAGACGUUUUGAGGCCGUUAUCUCGACAGGAGUUGUGUGGCUUACGAGAUCUCUACCGCAAACAUUACGCAGUUGAGCUUCACUUUUUCUUCUUUAUUAAAAACGUUCUUCGAUGGCAAGAACAGCUGACAGAGCUAAGUGAAUCGGAGAAAUCGACACUGUGUGUACGUGUGUUUGUUGAUUUUUUUACGCCAAAAGAAGGCAACCCGCUGGAAACAGGAACGUUUGUCGCAAUAACGAAAAAUGAAGAUCCAAACGUUUAUUUCCACUCUUUGACGGAGCAGCCGGACAAAUUGAAAAAGUAUCUGUUCGAAACGAAGCGUAUCGAUUGGUCUGUCAGUCCAGUGUUUUCAUGCAUCAGUGAUCAAUAUGUGCCCAUACUAGAAAAUCUAAUAGAAAUAAACAACUGCAAGUAUGACCUCUUAUCGGACUGUUCCUACUAUUUGUUGCCAAAGGAAGUUGCUGUUCAGUGUCAAUUUCAAGUUCCCGAUGAUCUGGUAAUGAAGCCCCUGGAACCAAAGUACGCUUCGGUGAUGAACGAACGAUGGCCUCAUCGCUACCCGCACUCACAAAAGCUUCUGGAGCUCUUGAUAAAAUUCAAUGGUGGUUAUGGGCUGUUUAGUAAAACGAGCGGUGAUAUUGUCGGAUGGGUUCUGAAAAAUGAAUUCGCUGGAAUCGGACAUUUGCAGGUGCUGCCCGAGUAUCGAAAGCGUGGACUAGGUGAGAUUUUAACCAAAGCCAUUUCAAAACGAAUCGCUUUGGAGGACAACGGUGAUGUGAAUGGUUUUAUAGUAGAUAAAAACUUAGGCUCAAUUAAAUUGUUACAAAAGAUUGGCUACCAAAAAAUAGCUGGUUCAAAUUGGGUAAGAGCUGAGUAUAGUAUGUAAUAAAAUUGUUUUGCAAAUCAGGUCUAAUGUUUUUUAGGGAAAAUUAAAAACUAAUUUUUGUCAAUAUACGUGAUAAAAAUAAAAUUGAUUAAAAUAGGCUCAAUUUUUAUUUAGAGAAAAUAAUGUUUAUUCAUCUGAAUGAAAUUAUAUUGUCACGAAAAAAGUCUGUAAAACUGUUGACUGUCGAAAAAUUUAGGACCAGCGUUCAGCGUAAUUUUAAAUUAAAAAAA